GACAUCCUCCAAGUCAGAAAAGACCAUGAAUUCCUUAUGCAGUACAAUGAUUGCCGCUAUCUUUGCCAUGACAUUGAUCCUUUCAUAUGGGGUGAUUAUGUCACAAGCUAGGGUUCUUCCUUCUUCAUCCUUAGUUUCAAAAGUGUCUCAAACUUCCCAUUCUCUUUCACAUUCAAAUUUUCACACAGAAGAGCAAAAAUCAUCUCAGAAGCCUGUGGUAGCAGCAAAAAAACCACCAAUCAAACAAAAUCCAACUGUUCCUGAGGUAGCUGCUAACCUUAGAAGGAUACCACCUAGCAGACCAAAUCCUACGCAGAACAAGUUAAAGCCUAGGAUAAGAGGCUAAUUUGCAGAGGAACUGAUGCAAUGGAUUCAAGCUAUAUACAUCAAGAUUCAACCAAGUUGCUCUAGUUUUGCUUUUGUUUCACUUUUUUUUUUUAGUUUUUUACUGUUUCCCAGAUUCAAAUUCUUAGGUUUUGUUAGUGAUGAUGACUUUAGAUUUUUCUUUGUUUUUUGUCUUACUUUUGAUGCUUUAGAUUGUAGAGAAUAUAGCAUAUUAUGAAUGUAAAGGAGAAAAAUAAUAUAGCCAUGUUAAGAUUGUUA